UCCAUUUCAGCUCCUCUUCUAGCCAAUCAAUCGAAGAGGGGAGGUGACGUCACUCCACUGCGACUCAUGGCUGUGUGUUGACAGGUGAAGAAAGAUAUCCCGGACAAUUACAGAUAAAGGGAUGGGUUUCAGCUUCAACUCGGGUUUUAACUACAUGUUUAAUGACCGCAAGAGCUGGGAUGAGAGCCAACAAGACUGCAGGGACAAAGGAGCAGACCUGGUGAUCAUAAACAGCACAGAGGAAGAGGAGUUCAUUCUUAAACAGCUUACAAGCAGCAGUCAGGCUUGGAUCGGUCUGACUGACAGCGACACAGAGGGGGUGUGGAAAUGGGUGGACGAUACACCACUGACCACUUCGUUCUGGUUGGUGGAGAACCAAAUAAUGCAGGCAAUGAGGACUGUGCCGAGAUUGUGAGUUGGAAGAACAGCUGGAACGACAGAUCAUGCUCUGCAAAUGUACGGUGUAUCUGUGAAAAGAACGUGUUUUUGUUGUAAGGUUAAAAUAACAGAAUG